UUAAGCAAACGGUUGGCAAAAAUUUCUUGCAUUAUAAUAAAAUAAUGAGUGUUUUUAAUGCUGAUGAAUUAGUAGCUCCUGCUUGGAUUAAUCAAGAAUUCUUGGAAAAAGUUCUGGUUCAAUAUGAAAACAAUGAAUUUGUGGAGGUGAUUAAAUUUGAUAUGACACCGGCCAGCAUGAAAGGUGAUCAUUAUGCCAGUAUUAUGUUCAGAUGCAAAGUGACCUAUAGGUUAGACAAAACCGCCAGUAAUUUGGAAAAAUCGUUAAUUAUAAAAACAUUGCCUUUGGAAGAAGGCCACAAAAGUGAUAUGCUAAAGGAUUCGAAAGUAUUUGAGACUGAAAUUGAUAUGUAUACGAAAGCAUUGCCAAAAAUUGAAAAAAUUCUAGCUGAUUGCGGAGAACCCACCAAAUUAUCAGCUGAAAUUAUCUAUCAUUCUUUGGAACCCUACAAGGUUAUUAUCCUAGAAGAUCUAUGUGAAGCUGGUUACAAUACCGUACGCGGUCGUUAUCUAACUGAAGAUGAAGUUAAAGCUGUUUAUCGUAAGAUCGCCAAAUUGCAUGCGGUCAGCUAUAUGUUGGGCAAAAGUGAGGAUCACAAAGUAGUUACCCAAUACAGAAAUGGUGUCUUUACUAUGGGCAGUGUAAUGAUCAAUGAGCUUUUAACAAAUGGUAUUAAUAAUUUCAUUGAUAUGCUGUCAUGUCAUGAAGAAUUUGAGCCGUACUUUGAAAAGGUUAAGCUAAUGAAACCAAAACUAAAGGAAGCCUGCAUAGAUUUAUGUAAUGCCUAUAAACUAAAUAACGGCCAGGGAGAUAUUUUCGUGUUGAAUCAUGGUGAUUUUCAUAUGAAAAAUCUCAUGUUCAAAUUCAAUAAGAAAACUCAUUUGGAAGAUCUAAUAAUGGUGGACUAUCAAAUUAGCUGCUUUGCUCCCUCCACUAUUGACAUGAUAUAUUCUCAAUAUAUGAUUUUGGAUUCGGAUUUACGUUUAAGACGCAACGAAUUAAUGUAUUAUUAUUUUAUGGAAUUUACCAAAAUUUUGCAGAAAAUUAAUUAUCAAGGAGAAAUGCCAUUGUUUUCGGAUUUCCAAAUGUCCAAUAUUAAAUACCGGCAUUAUACUCUUUUCCUAAUGUCCACCAUUUUACCCAUGGUUGUAGGAUUUUUGGCUAAACCCCUGGAGGAUUUAAAAGACACUGAUGCUGAAAAAUUCUUUACAAACCCUGAUUUAAUGACCAUGAUGUAUCGUGAACCAAAAUUCAUUGAGGACAUUCGCAAUUUGUUGCCAAUUUUGUUAAGGGAAGGUUAUUUAGAUUAAUUUUGUUUUUCUUUUUAAGUUUUUAAUUAAGUUUAUUGUAUUUUACAGUUAUUUCAAUAAAUAGCUACAUUUUUUUAAAUAA